CGCCUCCCCGUCCCCCCGUGGCCCCGGCCCCGGCCAUGAAGCGCAUCUUCUCCUGCUCCAGCUCACAGGUGGCGGUGGAGAGAUGGAACCGCCGUGAUCAGAAGCUUCUGGAGGCAGUGCAGCGGGGGGACGUGGGAUGUGUGGCUGCUCUGGCCUCCAAGAAAUCUGCCCGACCCACCAAGCUAGACUCGAACGGCCAGUCCCCGUUUCAUCUGGCAGCCUCCAAAGGCCUGACAGAAUGUCUGACUAUACUACUUGCAAACGGGGCUGACAUCAACAGCAAGAAUGAGGAUGGGAGCACCGCCCUGCACUCAGCCACUAUUUCCUGCCAGCCACAAUGUGUCAAGGUCCUGCUGCAGCAUGGUGCCAAUGAAGAUGCUGUAGAUGUGGAAAAUCGUAGUCCACUGCACUGGGCAGCCUUCUCUGGCUGUGCCUCAAGUGUGCUCCUCCUGUGUGAUCACGAAGCCUUCCUGGAUGUCCUGGAUAACGAUGGACGUACACCCCUGAUGAUUGCAUCGCUGGGUGGUCACACAGCUAUCUGCUCACAGCUACUGCAGAGAGGCGCCCGGGUUAAUGUCACUGACAAGAAUGACAAAUCGGCUCUGAUCCUGGCCUGUGAAAAAGGCAGCACUGAGGUGGCUGAACUGCUCCUGAGCUAUGGAGCAGAUGCAGGGGCGGUGGACAGCACGGGGCAUGAUGCUUUGCAUUAUGCUCUACGCACACAAGACAAGAUGCUGUGGAGGCUGCUGCGGCAGGCCCUGAACCGGCAGGGGCGGGGAGGUCAGGGGUUAGUUCAACACCCAGAUCUUGCAUCCCAGGCCUCUCCAUCUGAGCCUCAGGUGGGUUCUCCACCUAAGAGCCCAUGGAGAGCAGAGCCUGAGGAGGAGCAGGAGGAAGAAGAGGAUGAAGAUCCAUGUUCAGAGGAGUGGAAGUGGAAGUAUGAAGAGGAGCAGAGGAAAGUUUCCCAGUUGGAGCAGGAGCUGCUGCGAAAUACGGAAGUGUGUAAGGCUCAAUCUGCAGCUUAUCUGGGCCUGGAGAACCAGAUUCAAGAACAGGUUCGGGAGCUGGGGCUCCUCCUAUCGCAAGAGCCCGGAGCUCCAGGAGACCAGGGCUCUAGUCUCCGGCCUGGAGGAGGUGGCAUGGAGCAGGGUCGUACCCUCGACCUGCUGGCUAAGUGCAUACAAGAGCUAAAGAAGCAGCAACAGGCAGCAGCCACAGCUGCAGCAAAGCCAGUAGUAGCUUCCAAGAAGGCUGAACAUUCAGCUGGAGGGGUGAUCCAGUAUGAAGCCCAUGGAAGGUCCCAACCGGAAGAACAGGAGCCACCCCAGAGCCCAAGGUCUGAGACCACUGGGAAAUCCACAGGACAGCAACCGACCACCAAUGGUGGGCAGGCCCUUGGCCCUGAUCAUACUGACCAGCUGCAUGCUGGCCAGAAGGCGAGGCCCCAGGCCCCAGGGGCUGAACCAACAGGCACAGUGGCUGAACCAGUGCGCACAGCAGCCAUGAACCAGCUCCUGCUACAGCUGAGGGAGGAGCUGGCUGCCGUGUGGCGAGAAAAGGAUGCAGCCCGGGGGGCUUUAUCAAGACCAGACCUGGAGGGAGCUCUGGGGACGUCCCGGGCUGAGGCUGCAGCAGCAGCCUGGGAGAAGAUGGAGGCCAGGCUGGAGCGGGUGCUGGUGAGGCUGGAUUGGGCAAAAGCAGGAUUGCAGAUGAAACCUGAGGCCCCUGCCCAGGAGCCCAGAGAGGGAGCCCCAAAGGCAGGCCCAGGGGCCAUCACCAAAGAGGGUGAAGGGAAGGAGGAAGGGGCUCCUGGGGCCUGGGGAGAGCCUCUAGGGGUCUCUGGAGGGGAACAGAUGCCAGGAGGGGGCCUGGCGGAGGGACAGCUGGAGAAGGAGGUGUCAGCACUGAGGCUGAGCAACAGUAACUUGCUGGAGGAGUUGGGGGAGCUGGGCCGGGAGCGGCGGCGGUUGCAGGGGGAGCUGCCGUCCCUGAGCCAGCGGCUACAGCGGGAGUGCAUGCCCAAGCCAGAGGCGCAGGUCCAGCUACAGCAGUUGCGGUGGAGCGUGGGGCUGCUGACAGAUGAACUGGCCCUGGAGAAGGAGGCCACCGAGAAGUUGCGGAAGCGCCUGGCCUCCCAGAGCAGAGGCCUCCGGGGACUGUGGGACUGCCUGCCCCCAGACCUGGUGGGCAGGGGGAGUGCACGGUGCCCAGCGGCCGAGCCCCUGGAGGAGCUGCAGGCCUGCGUCAGCGCCCUGGUGGCCAGGCACCGUGAGGCCCAGCAGGUGCUGGCUCGGCUAGAAGAGGAAAACCAGCAGCUGCGGGGCUCCCCUGCCCAACGUGGGGAACCGGGCACCUCCUCAGAGGCCUCAGCGUCCCUCCAAGUUGAAGCUCUGGAGCAAGACCUGGGGAAGCUGGAGGAAGAGCUGCGGGCGGUUCAGGCCACGAUGAGCAGGAAGAGCCAGGAGAUCGGGAAGCUGAAGCAGCUGCUCUACCAAGCCACGGAGGAGGUGGCUGAGCUCAGGGCCCGGGAGGCGGCCAGUCUGCGGCAGCACGAGAAAACUCGGGGCUCACUGGUGGCCCAGGCCCAGGCUUGGGGCCGGGAGCUAAAGGCCCUGCUGGAAAAGUAUAACACGGCCUGCCGGGAGAUGGGUCGGCUGCGGGAGGCGGUGGCCGAGGAGCGGCGCAGGAGCGGGGACCUGGGCGCGCGCGCGGCGGAGCAGGAGCGCCAGGCCAGCGAGCUGCGCGUGCGCUCCGAGCAGUUGGAGAAAACGGCGGAGCUGCUGAAAGAGAAGGUGGAGCAUCUCAUCGGGGCCGGCCGGGACAAGGAGGCCAAGAUCAAGGAAUUGUUGAAGAAGUUGGAGCAGCUUUCAGAGGAGAUUCUAGCAGUUCGGGGAGAAAAUGCUCACCUUGCCCGACAGCUGCAAGAUUCCCAGAAGAACCACAAAGAGAUCAUCUCCACCUAUAGGAAUCAUCUGCUGAAUGCUGCUCAGGGCUACAUGGAACAGGGUGUGUACAAUAUCCUACUGCGAAUCCUCAGCAUCCAGGAGGAGUGAGGCAUCCUGUGCCCUGAAGAAUAUGGGAUCUCUCUGUUGGAAUAGAGCAUCCCUGGUUGCCAGAGCCUCCAACAGGCUGUGGUGGGUGGUGGGUUGGCCACUACGGGUGUGUGGGUGGGACUUCACCUGACGUUAUGGACCCCAGACCUGAGAACCUGAACCCUGGAAUCAGCAUGGAUGAGAUCAGAGGAGGUGUGGAUGGAAGCCAGCUCUGUGGAGAAUAAAGCAGGAG